AUGACAUCCAGGGACCGCCGCACGCUGCCCACCUCCCCCUUCGACGGGGGAGGUCCCCAGGCGCACCCCAUUCCGAUCCGCAGUCCGGAUACAGGGCGCAAUGCCGCCGGGUCCUAUGGCACGCACGCCUUCCUGCUGCAGGGCACGGGGAGCUGGCACCCGGCGGAGAAGGCCCCGGAGUCGGCGCUGACGGCCUCCCUGCUGCAGGACGAGGAGGCUUGCCCCGCCAGCCCGCCCGAGGGCGCCUGGGCGCCCUCCAGCCCCCUGCACCCCGCCUCCAGCCUCAUGCGCUCCACGAGCCGCACCACGCGCCUGCUCAGCACCAUCCAGGAGGAGCAGGCCGCCGUGGAGGCCAAGGUGGCGACGGCGCGCCGCGCCCCCACCCCCGCCAGCAAGGCCAUCGUGUUUGGGCUGGUCAACGCUGUGGCCGCGGUGCCCAGCUUGAUCGCCUACGCCGCCAUCGUGUUCAAGGACCCGAUCUACACCCCCUACCUGGACCUCCUCUGCAAGUUCUUCUUCGUUUCCAGUGCCGUUCACCAGCUGGUUUUCGUCUGCCUCUCCGCCCUGCCCUUUGCCAUCGGCCAGGUCCAGGACGUGGGCCUCAUCUUCAUGUCCGCCAUGGCCACGAGCAUCGCGGGCCUGGCCACUGCACAGGGACAGGGCGCUGACGUGGCGCUGGGCACCAGCCUGCUGACAAUGACCAUCAGCACCACCGUGGUCGGCAUUGCCACCCUCCUCGUCGCGCGGUACAAACUGGCGGAGCUGGUUCAGUACCUGCCCCUCCCCGUCAUCGGAGGGUACCUCGGCUUCGUCGGCUACUUCUGCAUUGCCUCGGGUCUGGCGCUGGCAUGCAGCGUUAGCAUCGACACGAUCUCCAGCUGGGCCAACCUGGCGAGCGUGGACGCCCUCACCAAGCUGGUCCCCGCCGUGCUUUCCACGCUGGCCAUGAUCAUGACCAUGGAGCACUUCAACCACCCGCUGGCGCUGUCCGGGGUGCUCACAACCAUCGUCCUCGCGUUCCACGCGGGGCGCCUGCUGCUGGGCUGGAGCCUGGAGGACGCCAUGGACAGGGGCUGGGUGCUGAGGCCGGCGGAAGGUAAGCAGGAGUUCUGGGAGCUGUGGUCUCUGUUCAACAUCCAUGACUUCAAGCUGGACGGUAUCUUGGUCUCGGCGGGUCUUGCCCAGAUAGGCAAACUGGCGGGCCUGAUCCUGGUGGUGUGCUUCGGCAGCUGCAUGGACGUGGCUGCCAUCCAGCAGGACCUGCCGGAGCGCAUUGAUUUCGACCACGAGCUGGUCACCGUGGGAGUCUCCAAUGUGAUCACCGGGCUGACUGGCAUUGGGUACUGCGGCAGCUACAUCUUCAGCCAGACCAUCUUCACGAUGCGGGCGGGCGUCUUCAGCCGCUGGAACGGGAUCAUGGUGGCGGCCGUGGAGCUCACCAUCUUCCUCCUCCCCUUCUCCAUCGUCCAGUACAUGCCCAACUUCUUCUUCGGCGCGCUCCUGGUCUGGUUUGGCGUCGAGAUCUCGCGCGACUGGCUCUUCCUUUCUUUCUACAAGCUGACGCGCAUCGAGUAUGGCGUGCUCUGGCUCACCUUUGCCUUUGUCAUGCAGCUGGGCCUAGAAGGCGGCAUCUUUGCCGGCAUCGUGCUGGCCACGCUCUACUUCACCUACGCCUACGCCCAGAGCCAGAUCAGCGGCCUCAGGAUCUUCCACACCAUGACCAGCAACGUCGUUCGCACCAUGGACCAGCAGGCGGCGCUGCAGGUGUUUGCGACGCACUGCGUGGUCGCCCGCUUCCAGGGCUUUGUCUUCUUCGGCUCCGCCCACGCGCUCAGCCGGCGCAUGGACGUGGUGGCGGGGGCGCUGGUGUCCGACCCCAGCGCGGGGGACGCCGACGCGCCGCCGCCCGCCGAGCUGGCGCUGGCCGAGGCGGCGGCGCGCACGGGCGAGGCCUUCUCCGGCACGCGGCACACACAGGCGGUGGCCGCGCUGCGCGCGGCGCCGCGCUUCCUCGUCCUCGACUUCACGCGCGUGCGCGGAAUGGACGCGACCGGCGCGCGCACCUUUGCCGUGCUGUGCCGCGACCUGCUGGCCCUGGGCGUGACCCCCCUGCUGGCCGCGCUGGACCACCACGGCGCCGCGCUGCGCUACGCGGAGGACCAGUAUGUGUCCACCGCGGUGCGGUACGGGCUGUGCCGCCCGCCCCUGGCGCGCCUGACCCUGGCCGACCUUGUCCGCGCGCACCUGGACAAGCUGCCGGUGGUGGCCCCGGGCGCGGCCGACGACGUGGCCGCCACACUGGUGCAGUACCUGGACAGCAGGGUGCUGCAGUACGGGGAGGUGCUGUGGAGGCUGGACGCGCCCGCGCAGCAGAUGUUCAUCGUGGAGAAGGGGUCGCUCAGGGUGGACCAGCACCGCUUUGGCGCGGCGGCGGCAGCGGACCGCGCCGAGGACCCCGACGCCGGGGUCGUGUCCGCCGAGGCCGCGGGGCGCUCCUUCGAGCUGGGCCCCGGCUGCGUGGCGGGGUCCACCGACUUCUUCCUGGCGCGGCCCCACGGGUCGCAGGCGGUCUGCUCCAGCCCCGUGGCGCGCGUGCUGGCGCUGACGCGCCAGGGCCUGACGCGGCUGGCGGCCGAGGUGCCGCAGGUGCUGGCCGUGCUUCAGGUCAUCAUCAUGCGCGCCAACACGCUGGACCUCACGGUCGCGGCGGAGGUGGGGCAUGCGGGGCAGGUUGGCGACUGA